AUGAAGUCCUUGGAGUGCGGCUUAAUAAAAUGCCCUUAUUCCUGGCAUACGCUGUACUCCGUCCUGAAGGACUUCAGGGCGGAAUAUACGGAUUUUGAGGCCCUCGCUUCUUAUUAUGCUCAGUAUUUAACUGAAUUGUGUUUUUCCCGCAGAACAUCACUAUCGGGUCGAAUUCGGCGAGAACAUCAUCCUAAAGCACUUCCUUCUAACAUGCGAUGUGGACCCGAGGAUGAGGGCCAAAGAGAACGUUAUGCAUUACUGGAAAAUGCUCCACUCGCUGGAAGUGAUCAAGAGGGAAUAUGCCGCCCUCAGGAAAUCUGCCAAGCUGCCUCCUGUAAGUGUCACUAG